ACGGGACCCCCUCCCGGCCCCGCCGCCCCCCCCGCUGCCCUCGGACGUCUCCUGCUUCCCGCGGGACUCCAAAGACCCCGGCCCGCCCCCGGCCGGCGACCACGGCGGGGUCCCGGCGCUGCCCGGCCCCUCGGGCUCCAUCCCAGAGACCCUCCUGGUGGCCACGGGCGACGAGGUGGCCACGAACACGCCGGCUCUGCCCGAGGGAGCCCCCCCGACCCCCGCAGCCCCCGCGGGACCCCCGGCACCCCCGUCCCCGUCUCUGUUCAUGCUGCGGCUGCCGCCCCGCGCCGGCUCGUACAUCCAGAGCGAGCACAGCUACCAGGUGGGCAGCGCGCUGCUCUGGAAGCGCCGCGCCGAGGCCGCGCUGGACGCGCUGGACAAAGCCCAGAGGCAGCUCCAGGCCGGGAAACGCCGCGAGCAGCGGCUGCGGCUGCGCCUGGCCGAGCUGCAGAGGGAGCGCAGAGCGGGCCCCGAGCCGCGGAGGAGCUCCAAGGAGCGCCCGGAGCUGCUCGGAGAUGCUGCAGGAGGAGGAGGAGGGCGGUGAGGAGUUGGAGGAGCUCCGAGGCUCGGAGGCGGCGCGGAGGUUUGUAAAUAAAGGAUUUUACCCUG